AUGGAUACUGGAAAAGAAGACUAUCAGAUAGCUGAUCAUAUAUGGGCCGAAAUCGGAGAAGAAACUACUGCUGCAAUCGCAAACAUUCCUGCUGCAUUUGUCCGAGUCCUUGGUAAUAUCACAGAUGAUCAUUCAAACUUCACAGCCGAAUCAUGGUCAUUCUGGAUUAUUUACCUUGCCCCAACACUCCUGCGUGGUCGCUUUCCAAAUGCAAAAUACCACAAGCACCUUUGCGAGUUGGUGUGGAUCAUGAAAAAAACACUACAGUUCACCAUCAGGCACGCAGAUAUUGAUGAAUUGGAACAGCAAAUUGCCAACUGGGUGGCCAAGUAUGAAAAGUACUACUAUCAGUAUGAUGAGUCAAGAUUACCAGCCUGCACCCUUCCACCUUGGGGAAACCUCAACAAAGAAGUUAUAUAUACAGCAUACCUUCAACAAGUGGUCCUUUGGUAUGACGUCCAAGAGGAAGUGUCUCUAAGCAUCCAACAAGAUUGGUCCCAGCUCACAACAUACGAGACUGUCUUUGAAGACUUCCUACCAAAUAACGACUAUGUUCUUCAGCCCCCUCAAGUGAUGACAUAUGAACCUGACCACAAUGAGCAGGUUAAAGUUGCAUUAUAUAUCAAGCAACUCAUUGGUGGAAGGCAAACAGUAAUCCUUGCACAUCUCCCAACUCUGAUGCCGCUCUGGAAAAAAGUUCGCAUCAAAAACGGCAGAGAUAGUAUUUCAACACACAGUGCUACCAGGACAUCCACAAAGCGAAGGAACUCAUCCUAUGUUCGAUACGAACUUGAAUAUGAAAACCACAUAAAUGGGGCUCUUCGAGUGGUUCAGCUGGUGCAGUAUGGUCGUCUCGAGAAGAUACUGGUUUGCUUGUUAUCAAAUAACACUCAGUGGCUAGGGCUCACUGGCAAGACUCUUCUGCUCGCCCUCAUUCGGCCAUGCCAGACUGGAGGUAGAGAUGCUACCAAGGAGGAAACAUGUUAUUCCAGAAACCUUGCUAGCAUCAUCACAGACCUGCAAAACGUCAAAGGAGUUGUAGGAAGGGUUGAAAGUCGUGGGGAAUGGGCUAUCAUUGACCAAAGAAGCAAUUUCGCAAAACCGGCCUUCAAUGGUGCUGGGUAUAAUACAGAUGAAAGUGAGGUGGAGUAG